CUGCCGUUAGCCGUUGUUGUAUCCGAUGCUACUGAACAGAGAUGUUGCGCUACUAGCUAACUACACACUAGCAUUAUAGCCACGAAAAGAUGCGCCUUCACGGGAUUAAAACAAUAAAACAAACAACGGGAAGUCUGGAAAAACUUUGCCCAACUGUGCCCAAACUUUGAUAGGCUACCGCCCAAAUCACUUCCCCUUCAGUUUCGAGUGUGUUAGCAUUGUUUUAUCCCACCACUAUUGCCAUUGGACGCGUCUUUUUAUUUUUUUUUUCUUCUGGAGCAGUCCAGUCUGAUGAAUUCGCCGAAAAAAGACGGAGAUGAUGAUGUGCCCGUUAAAGACCCGGUAAAAUACGGCGAAUUGGUCAUUUUGGGGUACAAUGGCUCUCUUCCAAGCGGAGACCGUGGGCGCAGAAAGAGCCGCUUCGCUCUGUACCGAAGGGCCAAGGCCAACGGCGUCAAACCAAGCGCUGUGCACAUCCUCAACACACCACAGGACAGCAAGGCCGUCCACAGCAGGGGGCAGCACAGCAUCUCUUUCACGCUGUCCCGCAACCAGACGGUGGUGGUGGAGUACUGCCAUGACAACAACACAGACAUGUUCCAGAUUGGACGCUCCACAGAAAGCCCCAUUGACUUUGUGGUGACGGACACCUCUGGAGGGGGGAAAGAGGGGGAGGACCCCUCCAUCGCACCCAGCACCAUCUCACGCUUCGCCUGCAGAGUGGUGUGUGAACGCAACCCACCGUACACUGCACGCAUCUACGCCGCUGGCUUUGAUUCCUCCAAAAAUAUCUUCUUAGGGGAGAAAGCAACCAAAUGGAAAAACCCUGAUGGGCACAUGGACGGCCUGACCACCAACGGGGUGCUAGUCAUGCACCCAGAGGGGUUCCCUGAGGACCCAAAGCAGGGUCUGUGGAGAGAGAUAUCAGUCUGUGGAGAUGUCUACGCCCUGCGGGAGACACGCUCCGGUCCCAGCCGGGGAAAACUUGCGGAGGGUGAAAGCAGCGCGCUACGUGACGGCUCCCUGGUUGACCUGUGUGGCGCCACCCUGCUGUGGCGCACAGGUGAGGGGCUGAUGCGUGCUCCCACCCUGCGUCACCUGGAAGCGCUUCGCCAGGAGCUAAAUGCAUCCCGGCCCCAGUGUCCUGUCGGCCUCAGCACACUGGCCUUCCCCAGCCUGCCACGCAGCCACAGCCUUGAAGAGCGUCAGCCCUGGGUCUACCUCACUUGCGGCCACGUUCACGGACGCCACGACUGGGGCCAGAGAUCCGAGGUAGAGGAGGACCCAGGAGAAGGCGACGGCUCCACCGUCCGCCGGGAAUGUCCCCUGUGCAGGAGCGUGGGUCCCUACGUGCCCCUGUGGCUGGGCUGCGAGCCUGCUGUGUACGUGGACGCUGGAGCACCCACUCACGGAUUUGUGCCGUGCGGCCACGUCUGCUCAGAGAGGACAGCCAGGUACUGGGCUGAGACCCCGCUCCCCCACGGGACGCACGCCUUCAGACCCAUCUGCCCGUUCUGCUCCUCCGCACUCAGCACCCCCGGAUGGACGAGGCUCAUCUUCCAGGGCCCCAUCGACUAGCUGCCACUCCUCAGCAACCACUCUCACAGUAACAGGAAAACGCCUGAGCUUCAUUCAUGUCGCAAACGUUGAUCAGCGUUCAGUAUGGAUCGGUUGAUGAGUGUCGCGUGUGUGUUCUACACUCAGGUGUUAAACUGUCAAACGUUGUUACUGAAUGCAGCUCACGGCCGAAGUAUCCUUCCCCUUGCUUAUCCUUUGAUGCAUGUUGAUUGGUAUAUGAUCAAGAGAACAGGUGGGAGGGGAAAAGAUAGAAUAAAUGCCACCAGAUUAAACAGGAGCUGAAUAUUACCUUCAACAAGACAGUAUCUUCACAGGAGCUUAAAUGAUGCUGCUUGACCCGUUUCAAACAAUUAUUUCCUCUCCAUAACCCUCCACUAAUUAUAGACUAUGUUACAUGAAACAGAUGGAUACAGACACUUUUUAUUUCUAUCUCAGGAGCCAUGUAUGAAAUGUCAAGUAGCUUUUUGCACAUAAGAAAAAAAAAUGGCCUUCUUAACCGAGUGGAUGUGCAGCAUCUUACACGUCUGCAGCGUCCUUGUGUCCUUAACGCGAUGAAACAUCGCCUCUUGAUUUCCAAACCAAAUGCUGCCACACGUUGUUUUUUGUUUUUUUUUAUUGACUGUGGCAGCACUUUGAUCACCAAGCAGAAUAACCCAUCUGGCCUCAGCGUCUGCAUAAAGCACCCACGUCUUUAUUUAGCUAACCACUUAUCGUAAAUAUGGGAGGUCACACGAGCUCCUAUCCAGCAUUUUAAGUUUCUAGUGAGUGUUGUCCUUCAAGGUCAAUUUGUUUAUUCACUCAUGAAAACAAACAGUUUAUUUAGUUUGUUUAGGUGUAAAACUGAUAAUGAAGAUCUUUCUCCUCUGAAUAAAAUUUCUUCCUCCAAAACAACAUACUGCACCUUUUUAAAUUGAUGAUGUUUUUGAGUAAAUCUUUAAUCGCCAUGUGUCCCUUUAGUGUGAAAUCAAUGCAGGGAGACCCCAUAAAUGAAUACCUAAAUAAAACCCACUGAUCGUAUCCCGAUUAUCAAGCAGGCAAAGGAUAAGCAAGGACUGGGAAUGCAACUGGGUUCAAAUCCACUAACUCUCUACAGCAAUAACAGCACUCCCAUAGAUAAGCUAGAUGUUGUGCUAUGUUUAGCCAAGUGUUAAUGUCAGCGGUCACUUCAAACAUGGCUGAAAUGGUUUCCAGGUUAAGGGCUCAACCAGAGGUGUGUUCAACAUCGUAAUUUGUUUGAUUUGCCCAAUGAGGUCUUAGAGCCGUGAUGUGUGACGUAACCAAAGCACUAGAUUCUAACUGAAUUAAUUUGCCAAAUUCUGAUUAUUUUUUUAUUUUUUUUUUUGGAUGCUGGUUUAAGAUCUCAUAGCUUCGAGAAAUUAGGCUUUCUACUGUUUCUGUUAAGUUGAACACACCUCUGGUUGCUGAAUUAUGCUAAACAGGGUCCAUGUUAGUGUGACGGAGUGUCAAAAAGGUUUGACCUUGUAUAACCUCAAAAGAUAACAUUUUUUUGUUUCAAAGAAAACUAUUUUGUUAGGAAAUGGGGAGGGAUUUAUUUAGGGGGGGAGCGCGGGGAAUUCUUUUAGAUGUUCAGUGUUUAAAAAAAAAAACUAUUUUUCUAACUGAUAAUAAUUGGUUUUAGUUAACUGUUGUUACUCAGUGUAAGCAAGUUCUGUAUGUUUCCGAAUAUUAUCGUGUGGUAGACCUAGGAGAGCUUGUGAGUGAGAAAACAUUUGCCAACACUGUGUCCAACAAAACACACACUUCACACACUGCUACCGUUAAAAAAAAAAAACAACAAAAAAAAACACAUUGCCCAGACAAUGAAUGUAGCCAAAUACUCAGGCUAUGUUUAGCCUUCCCUGGUGCUCAUAUUGAAUGGUCUAUAUUGUGAUACUAUUUUUGUAACUGAAUAUUAUGGUGUAGCUCGGUGAACUAGCUCGGAAAAAAAAAAAAGUCAAAUAAUUUCAAUAAUAGCCUCAAGUGUGCAAGAUGUAUAAUUGAUAACACACACUCACAUGGAAAUUGUGUCUAGCUUGCAUGUGCUGAACGUACACAUACGGUAUGUACACUACACAUACACUUACUCGAAAAACUUUGCACGGUUGAUUGCCAACCUGUUAUUCAUGCUGAGAGCGUUUUGUCGCAGACCAAGAUGUCUUCCGAGUCUCUGGCUGUUUUAAACUGCAGCACUUCAGUUUCUUUGAUUAGUUUUCUCUUUUUUUUUUUUUUGGUUUUGGAAGACCUCUUCAAGAGAUAAAGAACAAACAAAAAAAAAAAAAGCAAGCGUGAGAGCCUAAAAAAACAAAUCCUCAUACUUGAUAGAUGUGUGACGUUUGUGAAUGAGACCUAUCGAAUCCCACUUUGUACUACUAUGCUGAUAUUUCUCCGCCAAAACCAACUCACUGCAGAAAGAUGUCCACGCCGACACUUGUUUCUGUUUUGCAUUUAGGGGCCGAUCAUGGAACGGUUCAAAGCUACUGAAAGUCAGCCCGCUGCUUUCUGAAUGUUUUCCAUUUGAGGUCUAAAUGCAAGAUUUAAACUCCCCACAGUGUGGUGGAUAAUUGACGUAGUGUUGAUAAUUACUGUAGCUCAGGAUUAGUGAUUUCAGAUUCACAGCUGGCAGAGGCCUGAAGGAAGCCUGGUAGGAGACAGCGGAAACGUUUCACUGCUGCAAAACACAGUAACAAGGCUUUAGAUGUGAGAGGUAGUCAUCGAAUGUGUCAGACGGAUUGUAGAGGGCGUACAGUAGAGAAGAUCACCACAGGUCACAGUCAGUCACAUACGGGUCUUAAUAGAAGGGGAAAUGGGCAAAAAACAGGCAAUUAAAACUACAGCUGCCGAGAACGCCUGCUUGCAAUUUUUGUUUUGUUUUUAAUGCUGUUUACUGUGUUCUCAUGGUAAUUGCUAUAUUUGCCUCGACAAAAAACAACUUCCUAAGAGUGGACAGUGACAAACACACACUGCUCUGUGGGGUGUGUUUCAGAGUUUUAAAAGCAAAUAGUACAAACUUUGUCAUAGUUCUGAUUUCCCUGAUCAUUUGAUAUGAGAGUAUUAAUCACUGAAAUUAAGAUACACUUGUAAACAGAGGUCGAUCUAAAGGAUAAGUUUGUCCACAUUUUAAAAUUCAGUUCUCAUCAACUCACCCCGAUGCUGAUGGGAAAUCGUGUGCAGUUUCAUAAUCCACAAAACUUAACAGCAACAUUCUCCUGAACAACGUAGAUGGGGACUUGUUUUUAUGUUUAAAAAGAAACGUGAAGUGGCUCCAUGCAGCUCACCCUCGGUAAUCCAAGUCUCCAGAAGGCCACAGAUCCCGUGCUGAUUUUAAAAAUGCUUUCCACACUUUUUUUUUUGCCUAAAUUAUAUUUUGUCAAAUCAAUUUAGGUUGCGGGGACUUCCAGAGACUUGGAAUUCAUGUGGCGAGCUGCAUGGAGCCAUUUUAAAAGCAAGUCCCCGUCAACUUCAGUGGUUGAGGAGAAUGUUGCAAAUGCUGUUUUGCUGUGAAAUGAUUUGUGGACUAUAAUACUUCAGUUUCCUCCUCAUUUCGACAUUUUUCAGCUUGAAUCUGUUGCUGUCCGGACACCGUCUAUGCAUACUGGCAUGGCACGCCCACUCUUGAAUCUUAGAAGUAAUAAGAGGAAACAACCCUUCUUCUUGUUAUCUUCUCGUCAUCAGAAGAUAACAAAAUGAUUCUAACAGCGGAAAAAGAUAAAUUGCAAGCACAGCUCCUCUCGACUUCCGUAGAAAACAUCUCAAUCGGCUGCCCUUUUCUAAGCACGCCAAAACCAGUGAAUUCUGCUUUUGAAGAUACUAUAUACAACGAUUAAUGUAACGCCAUUGGCAUGUGGAUGGAAGAACCGCUGCAGCACCCUCAUUGGCUUCUAGUUUUAUGACCUGACACGUUUAUUUUAGCCGACUUUACUUCUACUCUUCGUCUGAGCCCUCUUUGGGUUAUAGGUGUCCAUAUGCAAUUUCCUUUCCCUUCUUUGUUUUUAGAUUUUUUUUAGUGUAGGGGGGGAUUUUUUUCAGAUACAGUAUUUUAGCACAACAUCAGGUUGUUAAAUACCACCAGGAACAUCAUUAGCUCUUCCUUAACUCUGUUAUUUUUACUAUACCUAACUGUCGACCUUCAUUCCAGAUGGUAAGACCUCAACUAAUGAACUCAUCUUGCUAUAGGUGGGUGAGUAGCUGACACGUAUUAUUACACAGCGCAAAAACCUCACAGUUAACAAUGCAUUCCUUUCAAUACAUCUGUGUCAUGUACAGCUAUUUUGUAUUAUUUUAUAUCAUAUUCUUCUGUAAUCGUCCGGUGCACAGACAAUCGCUAUACACAUGUCAAUAAACCUGUUAAAAAUGUC